CUCAAUAAGCCACAGUAACUGACUAACCUGUACGACAGGCUGCUGAUGACCUUGCGGAGUUCACGCAUUUCUCUGACACCACCAUCCGGAAUAUGCCGUAUUUUCACCCAUGGCUGUUUUGCUUCUGCGUAACGUUAAGACCCGAUGCACAGUUUUCCAGGCGCAUAUACGCGAUGCCGGCAGCGGUAGACCGAUGGAUUAGUGACAUAAUCCACGUCCCCGACACGGCCAGGCAGGUUCCGCACUCACGCUGUCCGGCGGCAGCCAGGUUGCACCAGUUUUCAAAGAGACCGCCAAAAGUGAAUCCAACUGGAAGCACUGAGCUGUAUCGUGCUUGGCCAAAUGGUUUACUGCCAGCAGCAGUACUGUCAGCACAAUGCUCGCAAAAGCUGCAAGUUGGUAGUAAAGGUGACUGCGUCAAGGAGGUCCAGCGUAAGGUGGGAACCAGUGCCGACGGGAUUUUCGGGCAAAGUACACAAGCCGCAGUGAAAGCCUUCCAGCGCCGGCAUGAGGAAGCCGACGGGAUCGUCGGUGCAAAUACAUGGGCGGUCAUUCAUGGAAGCAGCGGAAGCGGAACCGGAAGCGCUUCGGGAGGUUGUGGAUGUGAUGCCAACCGCGCCACACAGUGCACUUCCGGCGCCACACCGGGCGCAAAAAAUUUGGCAUCGUAUUUGAAGAAUAAAUUUAGCGGUAGAACGGAAAUCUUUAACUGCCGGAAUGUCCGUGGAGGCAGCACGGUGUCGUUGCACGGUGAAGGUCGCGCGGUGGAUUUCUGA